AACGUUUUUUCUGUGCACAAGAAGGGCCGUUUAUUCAUAACACUCCCAGACGCAGGUGUAGAUCGGGCUACCUAUUCAUAUGCUCUGCACUCUUCUUCGAUCAAUACCUACACAUCGAGACCAAGGGGCUUCGGGAGGAAUUACCAGCCGGAGAAUGGUUUCGCAAUGUUAAUUGAUAUUUGGUGCGGUUAUUUUGUUCUCUCUCAUCCAUACUUCCCGAGCGCAAAUGACUUGACAUGGAUUGUGGUCGCAGUUAGGGACUUUAUUUGUGAAAAAUAGAGGAAUAAUUUAACACGAUGACUGACCAGUACAGUAUGUUUCUUACCACCGCUCCCCCUCUGAGAAGAGGAAGCACACCUCUACCAAUCAAGCACCAGCUGAGGCGGGAGGAGGCCGUAUCAGAGGACCGUGAUUGGAUACCAGGGAUUGACAAACCAUCCACACUGCCAAUCAGUGACACUCUUUGCCAGGAUGAAUUAUUUGGUCAGGCGGCGGAGGGGUAUCAUGGGAGUGCUAUAAGGAUUGUACUACUUGGGCAGAAUGGGGUUGGAAAAUCAUCGCUGGCUCUGUCCCUGGCUGGACUGUCAGACAGAUCUCUUUCGGUGGACUCUGAAACAGCCUGUGGAGAAGGCUACGAGCGCACAGUGUCAGUUGACGAUGAGGAGAGUUCAGUCAUCAUUUAUGACAACUGGAAACAGGACCUGUCCACGCUGCAGUGUGAGGUGGUUGUCCUGGUGUUCUCGGUGACUGACAGGAGGAGUUUCCAGCGCACUGCACAGCUCCGCCUCAUCCUCAGGGAGUCACUGCCCCACACUCCCAUCAUCCUCGUGGGCAACAAGAGUGACCUUGUCCGUUGUCGAGAGAUCAGCACAGAGGAGGCCCACUCCAGUGCCAUGAUGUAUGACUGCCAAUAUCUGGAGCUGUCUGCCUCCCUGGACCACGGCACCACCGAGUUGCUGGAGGGGGCAGUGAAGGCUGCCAGGGGUGACUGCGUGGGGCCAGGCUGGACGGAGGGGGACCCCGGGGCGGGGCGCAGGGAGAGCCUGACCAGCAAGGCCAAGCGCUUCCUGACUGGCCUGGUGCCACGCUCCUACGGCCGAGGAGACAGGGACCGAGGCCAAUACAGGGAGAUGAGCAGGCACCGGGGCAGCAAGAUCCUCCGACAGAAAUCACGCUCCUGCCAUGACCUCAGUGCAAUGUGACACAUCAGACAGGCAGAGAGAGGGGAUGGGAGGUGUGUGAAACAGGGAAAGAAUGAAGGAGGACAACAGGGGAUGGGAGAUAAGUUAUGGAAAGGGAAAUGAAUAGGAGAAUGGUGAGAAGUGUAGAGGAAGAAAGAAGAGAGAGAGAGAGAGAGAGAGAGAGAGAGAGAGAGAGAGAGAGAGAGGACAACCUGGUUAGAAAUGAGGCAGUACCUGAGGGGAGGAGAAUGAAAGAGAGGUGAAGUCAUCAGAAUUGCGGGAUGAGAUGGAUACGAGACGACUCAUUACGCAAUGAGAGAGAAAAAAACAAUGAAGAGUGAUAUUGGAGAAAUAUUAAUGAAUCAAGAAGGAAAAACGGUGAUUGGAAAAUGUGCAAGAUGGAAAAUAAUUGCUCACAAAUUAAUACACCCAAGAGGCAUGUAGUGUCUGAUUAUGUAGAGACUGAUAGAGAUCUAAUAUAGACCUAAUGAUUAUGUAGAGAUUGAUAGAGAUCUAAUGUAGACCUAAUGAUUAUGUAGAGAUUGAUAGAGAUCUAAUGUAGACCUAAUGAUUAUGUAGAGACUGAUAGAGAUCUAUUGUACACCUAAUGAUUAUGUAGAGACUGAUAGAGAUCUAAUGUAGACCUAAUGAUUAUGUAGAGACUGAUGGAGAUCUAAUGUAGACCUAAUGAUUAUGUAGAGACUGAUGAUCUAAUGUAGACCUAAUGAUUAUGUAGAGACUGAUGGAAAUCUAAUGUAGACCUAAUGAUUAUGUAGAGACUGAUAGAGAUCUAAUGUAGACCUAAUGAUUAUGUAGAGACUGAUAGAGAUCUAAUGUAGACCUAAUGAUUAUGUAGAGAUUGAUGGAGAUCUAAUGUAGACCUAAUGAUUAUGUAGAGAUUGAUGGAGAUCUAAUGUAGACCUAAUGAUUAUGUAGAGACUGAUAGAGAUCUAAUGUAGACCUAAUGAUUAUGUAGAGACUGAUAGAGAUCUAAUGUAGACCUAAUGAUUAUGUAGAGACUGAUGGAGAUCUAAUGUAGACCUAAUGAUUAUGUAGAGACUGAUGGAGAUCUAAUGUAGACCUAAUGAUUAUGUAGAGACUGAUGGAGAUCUAAUGUAGACCUAAUGAUUAUGUAGAGACUGAUGGAGAUCUAAUGUAGACCUAAUCAUUAUGUAGAGACUGAUAGAUAUCUAAUGUAGACCUAAUGAUUAUGUAGAGACUGAUAGAGAUCUAAUGUAGACCUAAGUCCCUAUUUAAAAGCAUGAUGUUAGACAGUGAAUAGAUUUGCAGUGAUAAGACUUGCCCAGUAGGCUCAUGUAAUUAUAAUAACAACGUCCUGGAUUUACUUCUUAUUGGCCGGAAGCUAUGGUAUACUAUCCCUCCCCUGUGAUCUCCAAUCCAAUGCCCUUUUCAAAAGCCUCAUCUUGCACUUUUUAUACCGAUCAGAUUUAAUGUCGCUGCUGCAUAAUCCCUUUAUAUCAGGUAUUGCUUUUGGAGAUAAUUUUUUUCUGUAGAGCAGGUAGUGAUCAAUAAUCCCAUAGAUGAGAGAACUUGGUUGGAGCAGGUCAUAUAUUACAGGAGCUAUUUUGAAAGUGAAUGUAAACUCAAGUCUUGCGGUUAUAUGGAAUCAGAACCCACAGACUGGCAGAACUCACAGACUGGCAUAACCUACAGACUGACAGAACCCACAGACUGGCAGAACCCACAGACUGAGAGAAGCCACAGACUGGCAAGAACCCCAGACUGGCAUAACCCACAGACUGGCAGAACCUACAGACUGACAGAACCCACAGACUGGCAGAACCUACAGACUGACAGAACCCACAGACUGAGAGAAGCCACAGACUGGCAAGAACCCCAGACUGGCAUAACCCACAGACUGGCAGAACCUACAGACUGACAGAACCCACAGACUGGCAUAACCCACAGACUGGCAGAACCUACAGACUGACAGAACCCACAGACUGGCAUAACCCACAGACUGGCAGAACCUACAGACUGACAGAACCCACAGACUGGCAGAACCCACAGACUGGCAGAACCCACAGUCUGAGAGAAGCCACAGACUGGAAAGAACCCCAGACUGGCAGAACCCACCGACUGGCAGAACCCACAGACUGAGAG